CAAAUACCCCUGCUGCGAAGCGAGCAAAAUACCAAAUCGGACGCAGCUGCCAACCUUCAUUAGCCAUACAGCUGAAGCUCCCAAUCGCUCUGGAUGCACCAAAGGCAAUCGAAAGCGAAGAGCAACUCAACGUCGUCUGCCGUCCGAAAUCCGAAAUGAAACCAAAACAACAGAGCACGCACGACGUCUCCCUACCGGCGACGAAGAAAGCGUACGGAAGUAGCCGAAAAACUUUUUUCGAAUACAAAAAAGGGCGGGAGUCGGCCGUCCAAUCGCUCAGGGGUUGCUAUCACGUGACGCUGCGCGGCGCAUGCCGGGAACGGAAAGGCGUCUGCGUGCCGGUCGUCUGCUUGCCAAACGGAGGGACAUCGGCGUGGGGAGAGGAGCGCGAUCGCCAGCAUGGAGCCUGGCUGGUCUCCGCACGGCCGAUCGAGAUCUCACAUCUCGAAACUGUAUCCAGAGAUCCUAGCUCUAAUCUUCAGUUACCUAGACGUACGCGACAAAGGCAGAGUGUCUCAAGUCUGCUCCGCAUGGCGGGAAGCAGCGUAUCACAAGAGUGUGUGGCGUGGAGUGGAGGCAAAGUUGCACUUGCGACGCGCAAACCCGUCUUUGUUCCCAAGUUUGGUACGGCGUGGGAUUCGGCGGGUACAGGUGCUCAGUUUGCGACGGUCCCUUCGUGAUGUGGUGCAGGGUGUACCCAACCUGGAAGCCCUCAACAUGACUGGAUGUUUCAACUUGACAGACGCCUGGGUGAGUCACGCCUUCGUCGCUGACAUGGACUCUCUCACGGAGCUCAACCUCAGCAUGUGCAAGCAGAUCACGGACAACAGCUUGGGCAGGAUAGCGCAGCAUUUGAAGAGUCUCGAGACGCUAGACCUCGGGGGUUGUUGCAAUGUGACCAACACCGGGCUGCUUCUGAUCGCCUGGGGGCUGAAGAAACUUCGCAGCCUCAAUCUUCGGAGUUGUCGGAGCGUCUCGGACGCGGGAAUCGGCCACCUGGCCGGUAUGACGCCCGAGGCGGCAGAAGGAACGCUCGAUCUCGAGUACCUCGGCCUGCAGGACUGUCAGAAGCUAACGGACGAGGCGUUACGGUACGUCAGUGUCGGCUUGUGCAAUCUGAAAAGUAUCAACCUAAGUUUCUGUGCCAGUGUCACGGACUCUGGACUGAAACACGCUGCUCGCAUGCCGCGGUUACGAGAGCUCAACCUGCGCUCCUGCGAUAACAUUUCCGACGUGGGCAUGGCUUAUCUCGCCGAAGGGGGUUCUAGGAUCAGCUCGUUGGACGUGAGUUUCUGUGAUAAGGCGGGGGACCAGGGUUUGCUCUACAUCUCGCAGGGCUUGUUUCACUUGCGGUGUCUCAGCCUGAACGCCUGCCCCGUAAGCGACGAUGGCAUCGGCAGGAUCGCCAGGAAUGUCACGGACCUGCACACGCUGCACAUCGGCCAGUGCGGCCGCAUCACGGACAAGGGACUCAGCCUUAUCGCCGAUCAUCUUCAGCAGUUGAGGUGCAUCGAUCUGUACGGCUGCACGAAGAUCACGACGGUGGGGUUGGAAAAGGUGAUGCAAUUGCCCCACUUGAGUGUCCUCAACCUGGGAUUGUGGCAGAAACAGAUUCGGUGACAAAGUGCGCCACUACGUCGUCGGACCAGGAGUGACGUUGACGGCGGAUGGUGGCAGAUGAAGACUUCAACGCGUCGACCCAAGCGUCUGUGUGUGCCUGCGUUUUAAAACGACGCAACAAAGUGCUCAAGUGUGUGCGGCGAAAUGUCCGUUCGGAUUCUAAAAAACCGGGACAAAGCGUUGUUCAAGACGGGUAUGUUCAUUUCUUUGAAAAUCUUCCUUAGUGUCGACGGACAUGCAAGCGCGAGGUGUCCAUGCCAAAAAAACAAGAUCGACGCUUUUUUGUAAAUAAUUCAUCUUUUUGUUGGGACAUUGCAUGAAGAAGAAGAAAAAAAAAAAGAAAUGUUGAGCUUUUUCAAAUUCCCGAGUCGUCUAGGGUGGAAUGUAGUCAAGAACAUGUGUUCGCUAGGAUGAGCUAAAGGCUUAGUUCUAAAAAGAGAAGAGGACGUCUUUGCAUGUGCCACAGUAUAUUUUGAGUCCAGAG